AGCGCCUGCAGCCGCGUGGACGUCACCUGCCCGGGCUCACCUGUAAGUCUCACGCACCUUUCCUUGUUCGACGAGUUCAAAGCGCCUCUCCGCGGCGUGUCGCUAAUCGUCGCGAGAUGACGUCACGCAGGUACUUGAAAGACGUGACUUGGCAGCCAUUAACCUAAAAGAUGAUCCACUUGUGACUCCCUCAUGAGAUCAGUAGUGAUGUUCCAAGCCAUGCUUGUCAUGUCCACCUUCUUCCUGCUCGUCCUCUACUCCAGCCUGCACAAAGAGUUGGUCGACGCCCACAAAAAGGUGGUCUCCUCACCCGAAGCCAGACCGCCAGGCCCGCCGGAGCGCAGAGAGGUGGCGACGCGGGACAACGCCACGUCGCGGCACCCCCCCGCCGUCCUCAACAUGUCCAUCUCCGCCGGCUUCAGGAGCGCCUUCCCGGAGAACGGCGCCUACUGGAACCGCCUGCUGCACUCGGGCUUCAGGCGCCUGGACAGGGGGGAGGAUCCUCUGGGUGCGGAGGCGCCAUGGGGUCUCUGCAGGGAGAACAAUCAGGAGGCGCUGGAGACCAACGUGCCGGACGCCGCCACCUACCCGCUCUUCUUCCGCAGGUUCUUGCAAGGCAUGAAGUGUCGCUCGCCGCCGCUCCUCAUCGACCAGCCCGCCAAGUGCGAGGAGGCGAGGGGAGCCAACGCCACCUUCCUGCUCUUCGCCAUCAAGUCCAGGCCGGGCAACUUGGAGCGCAGGCAGGCGGUGCGCGAGACGUGGGGGCGGGAGCAGCUGCACGGGGGACGCCUGAGCGUGCGCACCGUGUUCCUGGUGGGCGCCGCCUCCGCCGACGACCCCGACCUGAGCCCGCUGCUGGCCUUCGAGGCCGGCCUCUACGGCGACCUCCUGCAGGCCGACUUCCACGAGUCGCUCUUCAACCUGACGCUGAAGAUGAACGCCUUCCUGCGCUGGACGCUGCACCGCUGCCCCCGCGUGUCCUUUGUCUUCAGCGGGGACGACGACGUCAUGGUCAACACGCCGGCCUUGCUGCGCUACCUGGAGUCCCUGCCGCCGCCCCGGGCCGCACGCUUGUACGCGGGGCAGGUCAUCAGGACGGCCACGCCCCUCAGGGACCCCAACAGCAAGUACUUCAUCCCCAUGAGCUUCUACGACGGACCCUACCCCGUCUAUGUGGGCGGGGGCGGCUUCCUCGUCUCUGGGGCGCUGCUGCGGCCGCUCUACUCCGCCUGCCGCGCCGUGCCCUUCUUCCCCAUCGACGACGUCUACAUCGGCAUGUGCUUCGGCGCCCUGCGGGUGUCCCCCGAGGCCCACGGCGGCUUCCACACCUUCGACAUCCGCGAGAAGGACCGCGACAACCUGUGCGCCUACAGAAGUCUGAUCCUGGUGCACCGCCUCCCGCAGCAGGUGAAGAAGAUCUGGAGGGGCAUCCAGAGUCCGCUGCUGACCUGCUGAUCCUCGCCGCCUGCGCCGGGUCGCUUCACCGUUCCGAAACAUCCUUCCGUUAUUUCAAAUAAAACAGCAAGACCUUGGCAAGAUUCA